AUGGCCGACCUAUCGACCUGUCCGCCGCUGACCCCGGCAUCCGUGCGCGCCGCCUACACGAAAAUCAAGCCGUACAUCCACAGAACGCCGCUCCUCACGAGUCGGUCCCUCGAUGCGAUCGCCUCGUCGAGAGACCCGUCCGUGUAUCUGUCCGACAAUCCACCGCCUUUCGACUCUACGACAUCGAGAAGCACCGAUUCCGAUGUGGCGGCGCCACCCAGGUUCCGCCUGCACUUCAAGUGCGAGAACUUCCAAAAGAUCGGGGCGUUCAAGGCCCGCGGGGCAUUCCACGCCGUGACCCGGCUGAUCGAGGAGUUGGGCCUCGACGAGGUGAGGCGCCGCGGCGUCGUCACGCACAGCAGCGGGAACCACGCGCAGGCGCUCGCGCUGGCGGCCUCGACGUUCGACAUCCCCGCGUACAUCGUCAUGCCGGCCAUCUCGACCAGGUCCAAGAUCGCGGGCACGCGGCUGUACACGCCCCACGUGCUCUUUAGCGGGUCGACGGCCGAGGAGCGCGAGGCCGUCGUCGGCAACGUCAUCAAAGAGAAGGGGGCUAUCCUCGUCCCGCCGUACGAUCACCCGGACAUUAUCCUCGGGCAGGGCACCGUGGGGUUGGAGAUGGGGGAGCAGUUUCGAGAAAAUCAGUCCCCUACCUCCUCCUCCUCUACGGGAGCGGAUGCUGCUGCGAAAAAGUUCGACGCGGUCCUCGCCCCCAUCGGCGGCGGCGGCCUCUUGUGCGGCGUGGCGACCUUCUUCGCAUCGCAGCCGGACACGCUGGUCUUCGGGGCGGAACCCUCGUUCGAAGGCGCCGACGACGCCCGCCGCGGCCUCCUCCAAAACAAACGCAUCGAGCACGUCAAGACGCUGACCAUCGCCGACGGCCUGCGCACGCCCGUCGGCAAAAUCAACUGGACCGUCGUCUCGGACCCGAGCAAAGUCGCGGGCGUCUACGCCGUCAGCGAGGACGAGAUUAAGAAGGCGAUGCGCUUCGUCUUUGAGCGCCUCAAGCUGGUCGUCGAGCCGAGCGGGUGCGUUCCCCUGGCGGCGGUGCUCUUCAAUCGAGAGUUUCGCGAUAUGGUCGCCAAGAAGCAGCGGGAGCGGCAACGGGCUGGUGAAGGGGGGGAUGACCCGUCCUGGGACGUCGGCGUCGUGUUCAGUGGCGGGAACACGACCAUGAAGGCCAUUGCGACGUUGUUUGGCGAGGGCGAGGAGGACGCCGGAGUAAAAGCGAAGAGAGAGGCGGGAAAAGUGGGUGUGGAUGGGACGAGCAAUGUCGAGGACGUUGCGGGUUGA